AAAGAAAAUCAAUAUUUUCCUUUUGAGUACUGAUAAUAUUGCUCAGUAAUAAUAGAUGUGGGAGAAUGAGGUAUACUUGUUGUCCAUUGACUUUGUCGUUCUUUAUGGGGUUGAUUCCCCCAUCCCUUUUUGUUGAUUUUCCUUUUUCGUGUUGUUUCCAUGAAAUUUACUCAUUUUUUCCGACGCAUCUUGUUUCUUUAGACGGUCAAAUGUUCAUUUAUUUAGAUGAGCAAUAUCUUUGUUGUCUUACAUGCCCCUAAUUUCCAUAUCUCUAUUUCUCCUUUGAAAAUGGCUUCUUUGGCAAGGCUUACCACGAUGUUUCUCCACGAUUUGAUUUGGUCAUUGCUGACCACUUCAAGUGGUGGCCUUGUCUCAGAUAUCAAUUGCUUGAAAUCUAUAAAAGACUCCCUGGAUGAUCCAUACGAUUAUCUUAAAGUUUCAUGGAACUUCAACAACAAUACAAAGGGCUUCAUUUGCUGGUUUACAGGGGUAGAAUACUGGCACUAUGGUGAAAACAAAGUGCUGAACAUUCAACUAUCCAACAUGAGUCUGAGGGGCCAGUUUCCACUAGGAAUAAGUGAUUGCUCUGGUUUAACGGGGCUAGACCUUUCAAACAAUGAGUUUUCUAGACCAAUUACAUCUGAUAUAUCAAUUAUCACUGUUUUCAUCUCCUGUUAUAUGGUCUGGACACAAAGAAAGAAGAGGAGUAACAAAAGAAAGCAAGCUCAACAGACGGUGGAAAUGCCACAUGUGGAGCUUUUACAUGAAGAAAGCAAAGAGUCUUCUAUCUUGGGGAAACUGGUUUCAAGACUGAAUUAUACAGAAAUCAGUGAAGCAACGAAAAAUUUUAGUAAAGAAAAUGUCAUUGGAAAUGGAAGAAUGGAGACAACCUACAAGGCAGUGUUGCCCAGCGGCUGGCUCCUUGCAGUUAAGAGAUUACAUGAUACUUGCCUAUUUGAUGAGCAUUUCAUAACAGAAUUGAAGACAUUGGGUAGAUUGAGGCAUGAGAACCUGUUGCCCCUCCUGGGAUUCUGCAUACGGUCAAAGGUGAGGCUUCUGGUUUACAAAUACAUGUCAAAAGGAAGUCUUUAUGAUUGGCUACAUCCUGAAGAAGUGUUAUCAAACUUUAGAGAGGCAAUGCUUUUGAAACCAAAUGGCACCGAUUCAACCAAAAGCUUCACGGUUAAUAGUGAGUUUUUGGAGUCAAGCUUUGUCAAGGAGGAUGUCUAUUGCUUUGGAAUUUUGCUUCUUGAGCUGAUAACCGGAGAGAAUCCUAGAAGCAUGACAACAUUGCCAAACACUGGCAAUGAAACACUCAACGAAUGGGUUGCACAUCUGUCUGCAAGCUCCAACUUCUAUAGCAUUGUCCAUAAAUCUCUGAUUAGGCAAGAAUUUGAUCAAGAAAUCUUUCAGCUUCUUAGAGUUGCAUUGAAGUGUGUUCAGCCAUAUCCAGAUCAAAGGCCAACAAUGCUUCAACUGUACAAAACACUAGGUGCCAUUGGUAAGAGACAUGGCCUCUCAACUGGCUCUGAGGUAUUCGCAGGCACUGGAGAAACUUCUGCACUCAGAAUAGAUGAAUGCAAUGAGGAUGAAAUCAGAGAGCUUUAAAAUAUCCAUCGUAGCAUGUUUGAUGUGAAAUUAAGGAAGAUGAAUACAAUGAAGAUGUUAUUGUGGAGGUUUAACAAAACCGAAUAUCUAUGGUACUAUGAAUCUAUGAUUGAUAAGGCAUUAUUACAAGUAUUCAAAGCAUUUUCUUUGCUGUGCAUGAGUAGCAGAUGUAAUCAAGUCUCUUAAGAAUCUAUUUUCUUGUUGGCAAGGCUCCUAGUUCAUGUUUUUAGAACAAAAAUAUAAUCAAAUUCUUGAA